AGCCGGUGUGUGGGCGGUCUUUUAGCCGCGGGAGAGCUGGUACCGAGUGGGCGGGGCCAUUGUGAGGGGGAGACCGGCGUGGUAUUGUUAGCUCGCUCACUUAUGCUAUGCAGCAUGGGGCAUCGAACUCUAGCUUCUUUCCCGGCACUGUGGGCCUCCAUCCCUUGUCCACGCUCGGAGCUGCGCCUGGACCUAGUUCUGGCUUCUGGACAGUCUUUCCGGUGGAGGGAACAAAACCCGGCGCAUUGGACUGGCGUGCUGGCGAACCAGGUAUGGACACUGACUCAGACUGAGGAGCAGCUCUACUGUACUGUGUACCGAGGCGACAAGGGAUGGGUUGGCAGGCCCACACCAGAAGAGCUAAAGACUGUGUACGAGUACUUCCAGCUGGAUGUCAGCCUGGCUCAACUUUAUCACCAUUGGAGUUCCGUGGACCCCCACUUUCAAGAGGUGGCUCAGAAAUUCCAAGGUGUGCGACUCCUGCAACAGGACCCCAUCGAGUGCCUUUUCUCCUUCAUCUGUUCCUCCAACAACAACAUUGCUCGCAUAACUGGCAUGGUAGAACGACUCUGCGAGGCCUUUGGACCUCGGCUCAUCCAGCUUGAUGAUGUCACCUACCAUGGUUUCCCUAGCCUGCAGGCCCUGGCUGGGCCAGAGGUAGAGGUGCAGCUCAGGACGCUGGGCCUGGGGUACCGUGCCCGCUAUGUGAGUGCCAGUGCCCGAGCCAUCCUAGAAGAACAGGGCGGGCUGCCCUGGCUGCAGCAGCUGCGCAAGGUCCCCUACGAGGAGACCCACAAGGCCCUCUGCACCUUGCCCGGGGUGGGCACCAAGGUGGCUGACUGCAUCUGCUUGAUGGCCCUAGACAAGCCCCAGGCCGUGCCUAUAGAUGUCCACAUGUGGCAGAUCGCCCAGCGUGACUAUAGCUGGCACCCCACCACAUCUCAGGCCAAGGGUCCAAGCCCCCAGGCUAACAAGGAACUGGGAAACUUUUUCCGGAGCCUGUGGGGACCUUAUGCUGGCUGGGCCCAAGCAGAACCCAGAGCUGCCACCAAGAGCAGUGUCUUUUCCACACACUGUUGGCCAGAAGUGAAAAGAUGGGCCAGACUGGGCUAUGGCAAGUCUGCCAUGGAGCUAGAACUCUAGGAAACAGGAAGCAGUGAUCAACUGACCAGAGGAAGUACCACCCUGGAUUCAGCUUCCCCAGCCAGCCAGUCCCAAGAGAUGAGAGACGGUGUCCUGCCUAGAGCCCCUGGUGUGCGAUCCCACUCCUUGGAUUGGACCUGGUUCCCAGGAGGGGCCUGACCACCCAUCCCAGAGGCAGAAACUUCUAGGAAAGGAGACAUGAUAAGUUCUAGAGGCAGAGUUUUAAACCCCACCUGGAGGCUUGGCAAGUAAAGCCUUUGAAGGUCCACAGACACACCCAGACACACCAAUCUCCACCCUACCUCUGAACCAAAAUACCUGCCCCCAGAUUCAGUAUAUUCCAUACCCAGAUACCCCAACAGCUGAUCAUACAUGUACACCCAGACAUCAGCAUAAAUGUCCACACACACACUCCCCCAGACAGCCUCACAGCCAAACAUCCCUCCCACAGUUCCCUCUUACACCCCUCCAAAACACACAUCUGCACACACACACAUUCUUCACCUAUGUACUGGACAUCCCAGAUUCACUCAUACCCUUCAUCCUGUUUCUGUAUACCCUAGAAACUCCUGUGCUCCAAACCGCACCCCAACUCCUGACACACCUAACUUCGGACACCCUCAAUACACAAUCAUAUAGCCUCAACUCUUAGUACCCUUGAGCCAGAUACCAGCAUGUCCAACACCUGGACACACAUUUACAAGAAAAACACUGACUCCCAGACACCCCAACCCAUAAAGAUGCCCUUA